AUGGCCACAUCACAGACCCCCUACCACGAAUGCAAAUCUUUUACGGAAGUAUACAAACAGGAUGUGGAUUCGGGUACGUGGGGAUUUCUGGCCAACGUUCGCUUACGCGAAACGCGACGUCUGACUACGGGACACCAGUACGCUUUCUUCAGCAAGAAGGCCUCGGGCGAACGCCAAUCCCAAUUAAGUUUGAUCAUGGCCCUGAGCGACGGGAUGAGGCGUCAAAUACAGACACCAUACAACUCCGACACCGACUCACCGGAAAGCAUAGCGUACGAACUAGUCCAAGAGGGCCUUUUGUGCGAAAAAGACAGGCUGAGGAUGCGGGAGAAGAUUGAAUCAGAAUACAACAGGGGCAAUAUCAGCAAGAAUUGA